GUCUGAAUCUUCUGUCUGACAGACUGAGCCCAAGAUCUUGUACCUGCCGUUUGCUUCCCUUUGAAGGGAGAGAAAGAGAGAGACCCAAGUUGGUCUUUGAAGAAUUGUAAUGGAUAAGUGAUUCUCAGCUUCAGAUUGGUGUGUUGUGAAAGACUGGUCAGAAGGGUGGUCGAUUUUGAUAAAGGUGUUUGUAGCAGGGAAGUAGCUCUGAAGUUUGGUUUUAGUUGGUGAAUUUUAAUGGUUGCUGUGAUGGCUAGCUCGGUAUUACUGGGAGAAACGCUGACGCAGAUCCUAAUACCAGCUGCAGCGCUUGUUGGUAUUGGGUUUGCUUUGUUACAAUGGUUUCUGGUGUCGAAGGUCAAGGUGUCUCCUGAACUAGAUGGAGUGACCAAUAAUGGCUACAGCGACAGAUUGAUCGAGGAUGAAGAGGAGAAUGUUGAUGCAGCUGAUGUUAUCACCAAGUGUGCUGAUAUUCAGACUGCAAUCUCAGUUGGUGCAACUUCAUUUUUGUUCACUGAGUACAAGUAUCUGGGCUACUUCAUGUCUAUUUUUGGUGUAAUCAUCUUUCUCUUCCUCGGAUCUGUUAAGGGAUUCAGCACACAGAGUGAAGCUUGCACUUAUAAUCCUUCAAAGCUCUGCAAACCUGCUUUAGCAAACGCUGUUUUCAGUACUGUUGCAUUUUGGCUUGGUGCUUUGACAUCUGUUCUCUCUGGUUUCCUCGGAAUGAAGAUUGCUACAUUUGCUAAUGCAAGAACAACUCUGGAAGCAAGAAAAGGUGUUGGAAAGGCAUUCAUUAUUGCCUUCCGUUCUGGUGCUGUGAUGGGUUUCUUGUUGGCAGCCAAUGGGCUUCUUGUCCUGUAUAUUUCAAUCAAUCUCUUCAGGCUGUACUAUGGUGAUGAUUGGGAAGGGCUUUAUGAAUCUAUUACUGGUUAUGGUUUAGGUGGUUCCUCCAUGGCACUGUUUGGAAGAGUUGGAGGUGGUAUAUAUACCAAAGCUGCAGAUGUUGGUGCUGAUCUUGUAGGAAAAGUUGAAAGAAAUAUCCCUGAAGAUGACCCACGAAACCCCGCUGUUAUUGCAGACAAUGUAGGUGACAAUGUUGGGGAUAUUGCUGGAAUGGGUUCGGACUUGUUCGGGUCUUAUGCAGAGUCAACAUGUGCAGCACUUUUUGUUGCCUCCAUCUCUUCAUUUGGCACCAGCCACGACUAUUCUGCCAUGUCCUACCCUCUAAUCAUCAGUUCAAUGGGGAUUGUGGUUUGCCUGAUAACUACACUUUUUGCAACUGACAUCUUUGAGAUCAAGAAUGUUUCAGAGAUAGAACCUUCACUGAAAAGACAGCUUCUUAUCUCAACUGUCCUGAUGACUGUGGGCAUUGCUGCAGUGAGCCUUGUAUCUCUGCCAUCAGAAUUUACCCUCUUCAAUUUUGGUACUACAAAGACAGUAAAGAACUGGUACCUGUUUUUCUGCGUGUCAAUUGGGUUAUGGGCAGGCCUUGCCAUUGGAUAUACAACUGAAUACUAUACCAGCAAUGCUUACAGCCCAGUGCAGGAUGUGGCUGACUCAUGCAGGACAGGCGCAGCUACUAAUGUUAUCUUUGGCCUGGCUUUGGGGUACAAAUCUGUGAUAAUUCCCAUAUUUGCGAUUGCCAUCGCCAUAUAUGUGAGCUUCAGCUUGGCGGCUAUGUAUGGAAUUGCAGUAGCUGCUCUAGGAAUGCUCAGCACUAUUGCAACAGGUCUUGCAAUCGAUGCAUAUGGGCCCAUUAGUGAUAAUGCUGGAGGUAUUGCAGAAAUGGCAGGGAUGAGCCACAAAAUCCGUGACAGAACAGAUGCUCUUGAUGCCGCUGGAAACACUACUGCUGCCAUUGGCAAGGGAUUUGCCAUUGGAUCUGCUGCACUUGUUUCUCUUGCUCUGUUUGGGGCCUUCGUCAGUCGGGCUGGAAUAGAGGCAGUUGAUGUAUUAACUCCUAAGGUCUUUAUUGGACUAAUUGUUGGUGCCAUGCUUCCAUACUGGUUUUCAGCCAUGACCAUGAAAAGUGUAGGUAGUGCAGCUCUAAAAAUGGUUGAAGAAGUCCGCAGACAGUUCAAUUCUAUUCCUGGCCUCAUGGAAGGUAGAGCAAAACCUGAUUAUGCGACUUGUGUGAAGAUAUCUACCGAUGCUUCAUUAAAAGAGAUGGUACCUCCUGGUGCACUGGUCAUGCUUACACCAUUGAUUGCUGGUACAUUCUUUGGUGUGGAAACCUUGGCAGGAGUACUUGCCGGCUCGCUUGUGUCUGGUGUACAGGUUGCUAUAUCGGCUUCUAAUACUGGUGGUGCUUGGGAUAAUGCGAAAAAAUACAUUGAGGCUGGGCGAUCAGAUCAUGCACGCUCACUGGGUCCAAAGGGAUCUGAUCCACACAAGGCAGCAGUCAUUGGUGACACGAUUGGUGAUCCUCUCAAGGACACAUCAGGACCAUCCUUGAACAUCUUAAUCAAGCUCAUGGCAGUUGAGUCGCUUGUCUUUGCACCAUUUUUUGCUGCGCAUGGAGGAAUUCUCUUCAAGUGGCUGUAAACAGUAGAAGUCAGUGUCCCUAGUUUUUGCUGCAUUUCUGUUCUAAGCCUUGUUUAACCAUCAAGUGGACUAAGAGUAUGCAGCUUUGUAUCAGCUGGUAGUUUGUUGAUGAUAAUGGUUCCAGCACCUGCACUAAGUUUAUGAAUAUAUUAACAAACUUCCCACCUGUCAGAA